GUCAUUAUGUCAACUCAAGGUCGCUUUCAACCAUGCUGCUAAUGCGAAGGGAAACGACAAAGGCGACGUACUAAAUAAAAUAGCUUGUGUAAAGUAGAACACAACCUUUUCAUGGCACUUGUGUAACUUACCAACAUAACCACUCAGUGGCAAUCAUAGCAAGCCAUGGUCCUUAUGAAGCGAAGUCCAAUGCCUGCUUUGCUAUAUCCAGAACAGACGGUGGACAUCUAACAAGUGAAGGUCUCCUAGCUAUAGUUCUACUUGACACAAGAAAGGGGACAGACAACAAAAGCUCCCGGGUAAAAACGUUGACGUUUAGAAGUUUCCCCUCAAGCCACACACACAGAUGUCAACAGAGUCAACAAGCCAGAGAGAAUAUCUUCAAAAUCAUUUUCGUGGGAGACUCCAGCGUGGGCAAAACUUCCCUGAUGUUACGUUACACUGAGGACUGCUUCAGCGACACUUUCAUCACCACCAUAGGCGUCGACUUCAGAAACCAACCCACAGAGGUGUCAGGGAUAAAAGUCAAACUACAAAUUUGGGACACAGCUCCGCCUUACAGAUUCAGACGUAAAGUGCCCAGCUUCUACAGAGGAGCUGACGGGGUAAUGUUCGUGUUUGAUCUGACCAACAUGGACAGUUUCCAGAAUAUGAGCAGCUGGAUGAAAGAGACUGCUCACGACCUCUCUGAACACUGCACGCUGCUUCUAGUCGGUAACAAGUCAGACCAGGUCAAAGGGCGUGUGGUCCCCUUCGAGGCGGCCCAAAGUUUCGCGGACAGUGUCAGCCUCCCUUACCUAGAAACAAGCGCGAAAAGUUCCUUCAACGUGCACAACGCAUUCAACUCUUUGGCACAAUCUAUAGCGAAGAACAAAAAGAAACAUGUUGAAGGAGGCAACUGCUGCAGGCCAUGUGGACAUCAGAGCCAGACCAGUGGACUACGACCAGUGUUUCGGCAGAGACAUAUGCUCUACUGCUUAGAAAUCUGAUCAGUGAUUGCGAUGACCGCGCGAGGUCUGCACACUUAGACGAGACAGACGGGGACAUCACGGCUGUCACGAACCAUUGGAUGUCGCCACUAUUUUUGAGUACCUUGAUGUAUGCAAGGUCAUCUCUACAACGUCAGUAUUCAGGGUUACAGCCUAGGCAUCACUAAGAGAUCGAAGGAUGUCAAGUACCCUGUAGUGUAAGAGAUGCAGACGUCAAUGCCGCUUCAAUGUCUGGCGUUAGUCCAGCCGCAAUGCAGAAUAUUUUGUUGAUAUCACAAGCAAACAAGAAAGAACAAAAAAUAAAAAGUUUUAGAAAGCAAGUGAACAGCUGAUUAGGAACUAAAAGGUACUAUAGUCUCUGUCAGGGGUCUUAAGUCCUCAACGUCUCUGUAAGGGAGCGCACGCAGUUUCAUAUUAAAUUAUUAUUCAAUUAUUAUUAUUAUUAAAUUAUGAAACAUAUUAUAAUAGCUGUUUACUUUGGUUGGCGACUUGUCGCAAUGAGAAAUUCAAACCAACAUUAAAAACAUUACUUGCUUAAGGAAUUCAAAGCCACAUUGACAUGUGUAGUAAAUUAGAGCACAUCUAGACUAGUGUUCCACAUCAAAUCAUUACAGGGGAGUAUUUAAGGGAGGGAAGGCGGAGCUACAGCCCUGGGGGGGGGGGGCCUCCACAAUAGAGAUUUGAAAAAAAAAUAUCCGAAUUUCGACAGUCAGAAAUUUCCAUUUUUUUUUAAUUUUUUUUUUUUCAUUUUUACGUGAAGCAAAAAUGUUGUGGUUAAGAAGUGUACGCUAGUAUCAUGCUCGGAAUAAGUCAAUUCACCUCGGAUUUACGACAAUGCGUCUACCAUGGUCUUACGCUCUAAAAAAAAAAUACAAUAUUUUAAACUAAAAUAUAAAUAUUAAAUAUUUUUUCAAAAGGAAAGUGAGAUUAAAUGUACAAGAACUCUAUUUCGUUCUUCUAAAAUAUAUCUUGCUUUUAGAAGUAAGUAUUUUCAUUCAUAGGUGAAUCUUUAUUAAUGCUUUCGAAAAAUUGUAGGGGCCUCCAUAAAAAUCCUGGCCCGGGGCCUCCACAUGCAUAAAUCAUUCUAUAUAUUCAAAUGUUAAAUUAGUUCUGUCAGCCCACGCCAUUAGGCGAGGAAUUCAAAUGAUGACGAUGGCCUGAUUGCAAAUUAUAAAGAUGCAUCAAAGAUAAACUGAACAUGAAUGACAUUGCUAAUCAAGAUCACCUUAUAAUUUGACACAACUUACACGUCUGAUUCAUUAUUGUGUUUUUACAUGGGUCCACUUUAUAAAAAAAAAUGUCUCCACCUGCCAGUCAAUUUAUUCUUACACUGUUUCAUUGGCAUUUUAAUUUGCUGUCAGGAAACUGGAAAUGCAACGAGUUUUUAAAAACAAAAUAAACUUAAGUUUACAUUACAUAAUAUUUUUUUUACGUUUUAUUAGGGUUGGGGGAGGGGAUUUAAAUCUAUUGCAUUGGCAAGAUCCCAAGUAAGCUCUUAGUGACCUUGACCGUUAUUCCCAUACAGGAAGUCUUGAGCUAUGAAAAGACAGCUUGAAUGAUGACCAAUAAGUCCCCAAUGAUGUUUACUUCUGGUGUAGUGGCCAUUUGAAGUUGGUAUCACAGGCCUGCCAUUACAGAGGGGCUAUUUUCGGCACAGCUAAAACAAAAAAACCUAAGACUAAGUUACGUAUGAAGAUUGUAUUCGAACAGCGCGGUAUCUUAUCUUAUAGACAUACAUCUAUUCAUGUUUGUAGUAAUGGCACAACUAGUCAUGACAAUAUUGCGAGAUCUUGAUCUCACCGGAAAUUAUUGUCACAAUGAGACGUAUCCAAACUAGACAAUCGAGCCAUUUCUUUUUCUUUUUUCCUUCCUAGCUUUUUAUUCAACAUUUCAGAGAGAGAUAAAAAAAAAUGUAGGAUGAAAUCCAAAUAGCUUUUACAGUGUCAGUUCAAUGGCGGAUUUAACAAGUCAAAUAUAACAAUAAUUGCUUUAAGACAAAGCUUAUAUUGAGUGGCACUGCAUAAACGAAUGAAUAAUAUAAUUAAUUUUCAAUAGAUCUAGAUAAAAUAAUAAAUGU